UUACCAACUACCGGGAAAAUCCAUUAUAAAACCGGUUUAAAUAGUGCAAUUAAUUGUCAAAUAACCGAAAAAGUCAGCUGGUUUAACAAUACUAACCGGUCAACUUAAAGGAGCAGUUGACCAGAUCGUCCUCUCUAUUACCUCUCUUAAGCAGAUCGGAGAAAGUUUAUCAGUCAUACAAAUCCCGACCAACAACAACAAAACCCUAAAAUCAAGCUUCGAAAAUGGGAGAGAUGAUGUACAAGCUCUUCGCUUCAGCGUCACUACUAACCCUAGGAUUGUAUCAUCUCAUCUGCACUUUCUUCCAUCUCCUUAAAUCUCCCCAAUCCUACGCCGCGAAACCCUUUUACCCUUUUCCACGUCUCUCCUCCGUCACCGGAAACAACCACCACAAUCACAACCGCCUCCAAAAUCUACCACUGUUCAUCCUCAUACUCUCUCUAUUCGUCGCUUUCCUUCACGAAACCCUAAUCUCCUUCUACUCCGAUCCUCUCGUCAAAGGAAGUACUCCUGUUCACCGAUUCUCAUCUCUCAAUUCCGCCGCCGUGUUCUUCCUCUUCCUCAUCAUCGCCAUUUACUAUCUCCUCUCCGAUUCAACCUCGUUAAUCCCUCUCCCUUCCGAUCUCCUCUUCGCACUCGCCUCCGUUGGUUUCUUCCUCCAUUACUCCGCCGCGUCUUCAUCAGCUGCAAUUCAAACAUCUGAUCUUCAAGCUCAUUGUGAUUCCCUCUCUGCUCGUAUCUCCGCGUUAUGCUCUCUCCUCUGUUUGCUUCUCGCUUGCCGUUCAAGACUCUUUAUUGCUGACGCUGCUCUCGCUGCUGCCAUUUGUCUUCAAGGUCUCUGGCAGCUUCAGACUGGACUCUCUCUCUACGUUGAUGGGUUUAUUCCUGAGGGAUGUCAUCGUCUUCUUGAUGUUCAAAGCGGUGUUGAAGGAUCAACCCAAUGUGAUAUUCAGGACUCUAAGCUAAGAGCUGUUUCUAUAUUGGAUCUAAUGUUCACUGUACACGUCGUGCUUGUGGUUAUCCUCAUCUUUGUGACUUACACGAUGGUGGUGAUGGCGGCCGGAGUGAGAAGAACUGGUUCUUAUGAAGCUUUGCCGACUAACAAUGCUGAUUCUAAUCACAUUCAGAUGAAGUCGUUGACAGGCACUCAGGCUUGAAACCUUAUCAAAUCCUAUCGCUUUGCCUUUUUUUGAGAUUUGCAUUUGGAAGCCUAACGACAUGAAGCUGUCUUGAAGAUUGGAUCUUCUUAUUAUGGGCCCAAGCACUGGCCCAGAUAUGUCUUGUACUAUUUGUAUGCUUUGAUAGCUUGAAAUUUGGAGUAGUGCGCGUGGGGAGAGGGAAUGGUGAAACCUUAGUGGUUAAGUUAUGAGGAAAAUGAUAAAAGGAUAAAACAAUCAAAUGCAGCUUGAAACGGCCAUAACAUAAAGUACCUUAUGGUGGUGCGAAUAUUUUUGUGUUUCUUUCACUCUUUUAUUGCUGAAAGCUACGACACUUGUCUUAAUAUAUUGUUUCCGCAAGUCACAUGAUCUACUUUUUAUUUAACGUCUAGAAACGCCGAGAUAUAUGAUGAUUAGUA